UUACCUGCCCACCGGUCUUUUAUUCAAGUUGGCACCCCUGCUCCCCUCGCCUUAGGCCCAAACAGGAACAUAGGAAGCUGCUUUAUACCUAAGCCAGACCUUAGUGCUGCCUACACGGACUGGCAGCAACUCUCCAGGGCUUCAUACAGGGGGCAUUCCCAGCCUUCUCUGCGAUGCCUGGAGUUAGAUCUGGGCCCUUCUGCACACCAAGCAGAUGCUCUGAGCUGCCGCUCUUCCCCGCUGGCCUAGGGCGGAGUGUGUGGACGGCGAGAGUCUGCAGGGGGCGGGCCGGGGAGAUGUCAGUGCCAGGGCCCAGGCUGGAGGGAAGCGGCGGCGGCGGCGGUUGCUGGGCGGAGCCAGCCAGGCCGGCGUGAGGCAGCACAUUUCUCUCCGCGGCGGCGGCAGCAACAGCAACAGCACCGCCAGAUCUCACGCCGCGAAGCAGCAGCAGCAGCUUCAUCAUCAUCAUCAUCUCCCCGGGCAGCUGGAGCCGCCCGGGACGCAGCCUGCCUCUCCAGCAUCUCGCCUUCCUCGGGGGAAGGCUGCACGUCCAGGCUAGGAUUACCGUGCCAAGGGAAUCACCAUGUCUGACAAGAGCGAUUUAAAAGCGGAGCUUGAACGCAAAAAGCAGCGUUUGGCUCAGAUAAGGGAGGAGAAGAAACGGAAGGAAGAAGAAAGGAAGAAAAAAGAGUCAGAUUUUCAGCAAAAGAAAGAACCAACUCAGGAAGAUUCUGAUCUGGACCGGAAGAGAAGGGAGACAGAAGCUUUACUUCAGAGCAUUGGUAUUUCUCCAGAACCACCUCUAGUCCCAACCCCUAUGUCUCCCUCUCCGAAAUCAGUGAGCACUCCCAGCGAAGCCGGAAGCCAAGAUUCGGGAGACUUGGGACCCGUAGGAAGGACCCUGCAGUGGGACACAGACCCUUCAGUGCUGCAGCUUCAGUCUGACUCUGAACUUGGCCGCCGCCUACACAAACUGGGCGUGUCAAAGAUCACCCAGGUGGACUUCUUGCCUCGGGAAGUGGUGUCCUAUUCCAAGGAGACGCAGACGCCUUUGUCUACUCAUCGAUCUGAAGAGGAUGAAGAUGAUGAAGAAUUGGUUGAACCAAAAGCACAGAAUGACUCUGAGAUAGAAACUCAAGAAAAGAAGCAAGACGUGAAGGAAGCUCCUCCCAGGGAACUGACAGAGGAAGAAAAGCAGCAGAUUCUCCACUCAGAAGAGUUCCUUAUAUUUUUUGACCGGACGAUACGUGUGAUUGAGAGAGCGCUAGCUGAAGAUUCUGACAUUUUCUUUGACUACGGUGGCAGAGAGGUAGAAGAAAAAGAUGGAGAUGUCCAAGCUGGAGCUAACCUUUCCUUUAACCGUCAGUUCUACGAUGAGCACUGGUCUAAGCACCGGGUUGUCACUUGUAUGGAUUGGUCCCUUCAGUACCCAGAGCUUAUGGUUGCUUCGUAUAACAACAAUGAAGAUGCUCCGCAUGAACCUGAUGGCGUGGCCUUGGUCUGGAACAUGAAAUUUAAGAAAACAACCCCCGAGUAUGUUUUUCAUUGUCAGUCUUCUGUGAUGUCUGUCUGCUUUGCCCGCUUUCAUCCAAACCUGGUAGUCGGAGGGACCUAUUCUGGCCAGAUUGUGCUGUGGGAUAACCGGAGUCACAGGAGGACCCCAGUUCAGCGCACACCCCUUUCUGCAGCUGCUCACACGCACCCUGUAUACUGUGUAAAUGUCGUCGGGACACAGAAUGCUCACAACCUCAUUACCGUUUCGACAGAUGGCAAAAUGUGUUCCUGGAGCCUGGAUAUGCUCUCAACUCCACAGGAGAGCAUGGAGCUGGUGUACAAUAAAUCCAAGCCAGUGGCGGUUACUGGAAUGGCUUUCCCAACUGGAGACGUCAAUAACUUUGUAGUUGGAAGUGAAGAGGGCACUGUUUACACAGCUUGUCGUCAUGGAAGUAAAGCGGGCAUUGGUGAAAUCUUUGAAGGCCACCAAGGUCCUGUGACAGGAAUCAACUGCCACAUGGCAGUGGGUCCAAUUGACUUCUCCCAUCUAUUUGUGACAUCAUCAUUUGACUGGACCGUCAAGCUGUGGACCACAAAGCACAACAAGCCGCUCUACUCCUUUGAAGACAAUGCCGACUAUGUCUACGAUGUCAUGUGGUCACCCGCGCAUCCCGCGCUCUUUGCCUGCGUGGAUGGGAUGGGCCGCUUGGAUCUCUGGAACCUGAAUAAUGACACAGAGGUUCCAACGGCUAGCGUGACCAUCGAAGGAGCUUCUGCCCUCAAUCGUGUUCGUUGGGGCCAAGCUGGGAAAGAAGUGGCCGUUGGGGACUCCGAAGGAAGGAUCUGGAUCUAUGAUGUCGGAGAGCUUGCUAUACCGCACAACGAUGAGUGGACCCGAUUUGCCCGAACUCUGGUGGAAAUCCGCGCCAACAGAGCAGACAGCGAAGAAGAGGGAACCAUGGAGAUCUCUGCCUAGAAAAGAGAGAGAGAGGUGUCCUCCCCUUUGUAGCCACCUGCCCUCUGUUGAUUGCAGUCAUGUUCCGUGUCAAGUCAGUAUUGUUGUGGCUUUCCAUGCCAGUGUUGCCGCCAGCAUUCCCCGGGGUUCCGAUUUCUCCAUAUUAAUCGCGUUGUGCUUCAAGCAGUCUGAAAAUAUCCAGAGCGUUUUCAUGCUUCAUAUUUCUUUUUGAGAAGUUUAUGAAUGAGAGGACAAAUCAAGCCCAAGCGGGUUGGGUUGUUGCCUUUUAAAUCCUUUAGUAGAUGCAGUAACUAGCUAGGAACUCCUGGAUAAACUUGGGCUCGCGCGUGUUUCUGGCACAGUCCUAUUAAAUCCAUAUGAAGUCAGAUAUGAUUGGGUACAGAUGUGGUGCGCUUCGCAACAUGGGACUGGGCCAGAGACUUUUAGAUGUGGUGUUUCACAUGGUGACUUACAUUAUGAAUGGAUGUACUAUACGAACAUUGCUGCUCCUUAUUUAUUGCGGUGUGCUGCAUGGAACAUAUUUAUUUGAAAGCAUUAAAAUAAACGAUCCCAAAGCAUGUGCAUAACGAGCAAACUGCAUUGUCUCUGCAUGCCUGUUGGGGUUAUGUCGAGUCCCAAACAACUAUUACUGGAUGUCACUUUUUACUAAAAUGAAAUCUGUAAAAGGGUUUGGUUGAAUAAACAGAACUUUCUAAAAUCGCCUAUUAAUCCUAGAUACUUUAGCAAUAUUUCAUGUGCAGUUGGUCCCCGGCACGCAUUGCAGGAUACCACUAAUGGUCUGAAUGAGGAAGUGUUGUUUCAGAAGUAGACAGAGGCAACGGC